UCAACAAAUGACGAUUUGAUUUUGAUGAUGCUUCGUUAGCGAAUAUGUGUAUACCAUUGCAUUUCUGUUUCUUACUUGAAUUUACAAGAUGAAGAUUGCAUUUCUGCAUCCUGAUUUAGGUAUAGGUGGAGCGGAGCGGCUAGUAGUAGAUGCUGCUUUGGCUUUGAAAUCUAAAGGGCAUGAAAUUCGUAUAUUUACUGCACAUCAUGAUCCCGAACAUUGUUUUGCCGAAACUAAAGAUGGAUCUCUUAAUGCAGUUGUUGUAGGAGACUGGUUACCUAGGAGUAUUUUAAGUAGAUUUAUAGCUCUGUGUUCAUAUUUUCGUAUGAUAUAUGCGGCUUUCUAUCUGAUAUUUUUUAGUAACUAUCGUCCUGACAUCGUGAUAUGUGAUCAAGUGUCAGCAUGCAUUCCAAUUUUGAAAUGGAAAGGAGCAAGAGUUAUUUUUUAUUGUCAUUUCCCUGAUAAACUACUGACAGAGCGGAAGAACUGGAUCAAAAAAUUAUAUCGUUUACCAUUAGACUGGUUAGAGGAGAAAACUACAGGAAUGGCAGAUACCAUUCUCGUGAACAGUAAUUUCACAGCCAAAGUGUUUCGACAGACAUUUCCCAGUUUAAAACAUGUAAAAUUGGAAGUAGUUUAUCCAACCAUCAAUGUGAACAGUAUACUCCGUCCUCUUCCUAAUAGCGAUUUGGAAGUUAAAACAGAUGCAACCACAAUUUUCCUAUCUUUGAAUAGAUAUGAGAGGAAGAAGAAUAUAUCUUUAGCAAUUGAUGCAAUGAAGUGUAUGCAGAAGAUGAUGCCAUUUAAAGAGUUUUUAAAGAUUCAUCUCAUUAUUGCUGGAGGAUAUGAUGAGAGAGUGGCUGAAAAUCAAGAACAUUAUCAGGAAUUAAAAAAUUAUGUUGAAUCCCUUGAAUUAGAAAAAAAUGUAUCAUUCCUAAAAUCACCUAAUGAUGAUAAAAAGAGGUUAUUAUUUCAUUGCAGUACAGCUGUCUUGUACACUCCUUCCAAUGAACAUUUUGGUAUUGUACCUCUGGAAGCCAUGCUCCUAGGACGACCAGUUUUAGCAUGCAACAGUGGGGGUCCUUUAGAAACUGUUGUGCAUGAAAGUACAGGUUUUCUUUGCAACUCAACACCUGAAUCAUUUGCAGAAAAAAUGAUUUUACUUACAAGAGACCACAGCCUAGCUCGUGAACUGGGUGUAUCUGCUACAGAACAUGUUCGUAAAAAAUUUUCUUUUCAAAAUUUUGCUACAAAACUUAAUUCAAUUAUUGAAAAAAACUAAAAUUUGUAUUAUAUUUUUUUAAAUAAUAUUUUACUAUAGCGUAACUGCUAUCCCCCAGUUUCUUUCAUCACACAUUCCAUCCUCCCAGUAGAUCACUGAAUAUCCCAGCUCGCAGCUUUUAGCCUUUAAACUUAGGAAAGGGUUUCAUAUGAAUAGAUUAAAUUUAUUGAAUUAAUGAAACUUCAGUUCUUAAAAUUUCAUUCUCCCACCCCAUAAUUAUUUUCAGCAUAAUUUUCUUUUUAAAUUUGUUUUUAUUUAAAUUGUUUCAAUGUAUUGUAGACAUUUAUUGAACUUUAUAUGAAGAUUCAAUCAUUGUUUAAUCAGUUAAUAUUUGUAUUUAAUUUUGUUUUACAUUAAUGUAUGGUAUAUUAUUAAAUUCGUCCACUCAAUAGUAUGUUAAUUAAUUUUAUUUUCAUCAUAUUUGAAGUUAUUUUUAUAAUAAAAGCUUUACUGCCAUACUUAUGUGUGUGAAAGUAUCAGGAAAUUACAAAGUGAAAUUAGCUAAAAAUUAUAAAAUUUAGACUAUUUAAUAAAAUAUUGAUAUAUUUUAUGUCAGAAUUAUAUUAUAAACAGCUGAGUAACCUGAAUCAGGCAUUAUAAAAUGAAUUUAAGUCAGUUCAAAGUUCUUUUAAGUGGCAUUGCCAGGCAGCAUAAAAACUCACAGUUUUUUAGAUUUCAAGUUUCAUAGCUAUCCAUUAUAUUCAAGUGUCUACAGAUCUUCUCUGAUUUCACCAGCAACCUUGAAAAUCGAUAUUUAACAGCUGAACUGUAGUUUAAAAUUGUGAACCUCUUAUCAAGUUCAAAUAGUUAAAUAACCUAAAAAUAUUAUUAUCCGAACUGUACAGAUUAAAACUCAGUCAGAUUAACAGAGACCACAGCCGACUCAGUUAACUAGAGUUCUAUGUAUUUGAUCAGUUCAGUUUCUCUAAGUAUUUGAACAGUUCAGUUUCUCUGAGUGCAAAGUGCGAUAGUUUCUAUAUUUUUCUGUUUUAUUCCAUAAUAUAGUCAUUACUAUGAUGGGGGGAAAAAGGAAGAAACAUUCAGUAUGACAUUUAACUGAAAUUUUUACAAAUAUGUAGUUUAAAUUACUGUCUUUUGAUUUGACAGCAGUGGUAUUGUUAUCUUAAAUCCAUAUUGCAUUUACAGUUCAUUUAUACAGUCAAAAGUCGUUAAUUCGGAAUGAUCUAUAAUCCGGACCUCAAAACUAAAAACUUUCUGCGCAUGCGCCGCGUUGACACUCGCAUAGGGGUUACGCGUGCGCGUAAGACC